AUGCGGGGUUUUCAGCAACUUCCCGGUGGCGAUUCCUUCGACGAUGGCAUGCAGGCUUGUCAGGUGCCGCAGGCAUUGAACCUCCAGGCAUCCGGCCUGCCGAUGACGAUCCUGGGCGGAAACCUGGGUGGCCAGGCAUCCUUCAUGUCCAGCCCGGGCUACACUUCAGGGCUCGGUCUCCAGCUUCAGCCUCCCAACCCGCAGCCACAGUUUAGCAAUUUUGCACAAGCUUUGCCGCUGCAGCCUUCACAAAACAUGCCGUCCCAAAACAUGCAGCCCCAGCGCUCGGAAGCUCCUGAGCGGGGCAACUCCCAGUGCGGGGCCGGAGGCGGCGUAGGAGGUGGCGUAGGCGGCGGUGUAGGCGGUGGCGUAGCAAUGCCGAACCUUGGCGUGAUGACCCCGGUAUGGAACCCGGAUGGGUCGCAGCCUGUAGGCGGCUUGGGGAUAAUGUCGGGAGUCUCAUCCCAAAACCAAACAGACAAUCUCCGGCUCUCGGGGCUGCCAGUCAGCCAGAUGGCCGAAGGUCAAGCCUCGCAAGGCUUCAACAACCCCUCGCAGAUGCAGCAGAUGGCGAUUUUGGGCGGCAUGCCUGGACAGUUGCCUGCGCAGUCACAGCCUGGACAGUUGCUUGGAGCUUUUUGCGCUCAGCUUCUGGGUGGCACCCUGCCAGCACCGAUGGGCGAAGGUCCUGCAAGGCCACAGCUGCCACAGCCCAGCAACCUCAGUAACCUCAGUAACCUCGGUAACCUCAGCAACCCACCCAGCUCCUUCCACAAGCUCCCAGGCCCAGGGGACAGCUUCCAGGACCCAGUGCGCCAGCCUUGGAUGCAGGACUUGGGAAGGGAGCCUUUGGAUCCCCCACGUGAGGAGAGCCAGCCACAGAAUCAGCUUCUGCUGCAGCAGCAACAGCUUAUCCUCCAACAGCUGGCCCAGCCUCCACAGUCUGGCUGCUUCGGGAUGGGUGACCAGCCCCAACCCCAACCCAUGAUGCAAUUGCAACAGCCGCAUGCGCCGCAGUCUCAGCAGCUUCAAAUGCGGCCACUCCCGGGCAACCUCCCCGGCACAUUUCAGGGAAACCUGCCGGAGAACUUCCAGGAGCUGUCGGCACUCCAGCUUCAGGAGAGGCCCGAAGAGAAGAGGCUCGGAGCAUGCGGAGGAUGUGGAGGGUGCGGAGGAUGCGGAGGGUGUGGAGGAUGCGGAGGAUGCGGAAUGCCCAGUCUGAACUUCCCAGGCAUCUGUGGUAGCGGUGGCGGUGGUGCUGGUGGACGGUCGCCAGAGUUGGGGAUUUUUCAGCAGACGCGUGAAGACAACGUCGGUGCAAAUAGCGUAACCAACGGCCUCUUCAUGGACGACUUGCACAACAGCCUUGAUGCAGGCUUCCCUAGGCGGCCCGAGGGCUUGAACUCGGACCAGUCGAAUGUCAAUUUUGAUCUUCGCGUUGGCGUACUUGGCCAAGGCGUUAACCCGGGCCAGAUCAGGGAGAUCUUCAGGAUCAAAGGUCUGGAGAUUCGCUCGAUCGAGAUGCAGAGGCAAGGGAAAGGCAUGGCCUUAGUGGCCCUCGCAGAUCCCUCCAAGGCGCGUCGAGCUGUCGAUGAGCUGAACGGCUUGAACAUCGAGGGCCGCCUGUUGACCGUCGAGUUCCCAGACGAGCGCGGAGCUGUCACAGGCAAGGGAGCGCUGCAAAGUGGCUUUCAGCCAGGUGGACCCCAGAAGGGAGGCAAACCCGGCCUCGGCAAGGGCUCCAAAGAUGGUUGGGACAAGGGUGCUGCCUUCGUUGGCACAGGACCAAGUUCGAGCUCGAAAGGAGCAGAGAAAGGAGGCGAUCCUGGAGGUGGGGGAAAGAAGGGCCUUGGGAAAGGGAAGGCUGGCAACAACAAAGGGGAGACUGGGUUCACGACCUCUGGUGUCGGCAAGAUGAGGUAUGGCAACAGUCCAAACAAGCUGUUCAUUGGAAAUCUUUCGACGGAGGUUUCCAGCGACGAUUUGAUCGAGGCACUGAAGCCGGCGGGCGAGGUGCUGGGAAUACGCCUGCGUCAAGGUAAGUAUUCCAGCAUUGCCUUUGCUGAGUUUAAACACCCCGGAUGUGUUGACCUUGCGGUUCGCACACUUCAGGGACUCGCAAUCAAGGGACGGCCAGCAAGGAUGGAGCACCAGUCCAGCAAAAACGAGCGCGCGGGCGACGGAGACGAACCUCACUCUGAUGGUCCCGGUGGUUCAGGUGGCCCCGGAAAGGGCAAGGGCCGAGGCAAGGGAGGUCGGGGCGACCGCUCUGGCGACCGAAGUGGCAAUCCUGCUCCGCGAGGCAUUCUCCAGCCGGGGCCGCUGCCUCCGGGCCCAAUGGCUGGCAAUCUGCCGCCACGGCUUCCUUCAGGCAUGGUGACCAAGCCAGGGGAAGGGCCACCAUCCGGCAGUAAGCCGCCCCCGAAAGUUGGCCUCACCCCGGGCAUUCAGCUAUGA